AUGGAAACUUGUGACGAUGAAACAUUUUCUGGAACACCACCGGAAAUUGUUAAAGCAGCAGAAGAUGCAAAAUUAAGUUUACAACCGGCUAAAUCUAAGAAAAUAUACGAUAAGGUCUACGAUGAAUUUGUUAGUUGGUGCAAAUUGCAGAAUGUUAAAGACGAAGUUGAUAUUCCAAAAGAGGACAAAGAGGAAGAACUAACUCCAGAAACCGUAGACUAUAAAGACGAUGUAGAAUAUUUGAGAAGUUUAGACCCUAAAGAAUGGAAGUCACAAGAUCAUUACAAAGUCCUAGGUAUCCCAAAUAUAAGAUACAAAGCAACAGAUGACAUUAUCAAAACUGCCUAUAGGAAGAAAGUCUUAAAGCAACAUCCUGACAAACGUAAAGCGCUAGGGGAAGAAAUCAAAACAGAUGAUGACUAUUUUACCUGUAUAACAAUGGUUUAUGAAACUCUAGGAAAUAUAAGUAGGAGAAGAGCGUACGAUUCUGUUGAUCCACAAUUCGACAAUGAUCUACCUUGUACUAGUGAUAUAAAAAAAGACUUUUAUGGGGUUUAUAAAACGUUUACGUAUUAUUUUGACUUAAACUCCCGAUGGUCUGAAAAAACACGGGUGCCCAAAUUAGGAACUGAAAAUUCGACAAAGGAAAAGGUGGAACACUUUUAUUCGUUUUGGUAUGAUUUUAAAUCAUGGAGGGAAUAUUCCUAUGAAGACGAAGAGGAUAAAGAUAAAUGUCAAGAUCGUGAUGAGAGAAGGUAUGUGGAUAAGUUAAACAAAGCUGAGAGAUUAAGAAAGAAAAAAGAAGAAAUAAAAUUGAUAUGUGGAGAAGAAAAGGAGAAGGAACUGCGUGUAAUAUUGAGGGAAUGUGAAAAUUUAAUAAAUGAAGAAAACAGAAGGGAAAACUGUUAA